CCACCUCCAGGGUAUACAUGUGAAAGUGUUGUAUUGAUGGGACUUGGGAGUCUAUCAUCAAGUUCACAUGUCUUGGUGAAUGCAUCCGGAUCGAGACAGGUGCUUAGAUCGUCGGAUUUCUCAAUCGUAUAUCUUUGUGCUAGAACUUUGAGUUAUUCGAGAUGACUUGUCACUUCUAUUGGCUUUAGGCUACAUGAAGAUGCGCAUCUCAAAACAAAUUCUAAUACGCCAACUUUUCUUGUUCGUUUAGGUCGAUCUUACUUUCCACCCUGUUGAAAACCUCAUUAAAGAUUACUUGCAACUCAUCAGGAAAUCGUAACAAAAUGAAUUUCUAUCUAGUGCAAAACUAAUAUUGUUGCAUUGCAUAUAUGACAUCGCCGCUGGGGGUGGGGAGUCAGGCGGUGCAACAGCCUGAAUCCACCGCCGUCGCCGUCACGCGCAUCCCUUCAAUAUGUACGAUCCAGUUCUGGCUCCUGUAUGAUUUCAUGGAUCGUGCUAUUUAUUGUUAAUACGAACUAGGACACUCUGCCGUAUGUCUUUCUUAAAAAAAAAAGGAGGAAAGAGCCAAACCAAGAGCAAGACCUUGAAGUUGGUGCAAGCUGAUACCUCUGCAGUAAUCUAGUACUGCACCUAACCAAACAACAAAAUUGGACGGCCCUGGGAUACAAAAACCUUGGUUUUACGGAUUCUUUACUGGUAAUUAAUUUAUAAAAAAUGGAAAGACCGGCCGGUCCACAGAUUGUAAAGGGUGAACCGUGAACCAGUUCCCGUAGUGUUUUAUCGACGGUGAAAACCGGAAAAGAAAGAGAGAAAAGAAAAGCAGUGGUGGCCACUGGGCAAGUAUCAAUCAAAGGAAGUAGAAAACAAAAAGGGAAGCCGGAAAAGAGAGAAUAAAGGAGAGCUGCAAGGUUGUCAACCCGCGGGUCGAUCCGCAGGUUGACCCACUUUGAUCCUGAUCCGGUGAGAAAAAUGGGUCGCACGCACUCGUCGGGUCGACCGUUACAAGGUACCGGAUUGGAGGUCAAAUUGUGUCGUUUUUUCUUUGUUUUGCGAAAUGCGUCUAUUUUCCGAUUUUUCUUUUCGCCUAACUCAAUCUUUGAAAUCCUAAGUUGAACAUUUGAAUAUUAAUGUUAUAUUGGUGUAAUAUUAUAUGUCAUAACUCAUUUGUUAGAUGAGAUUUGAUAUAAUUUAUCAGGAUAAGUACAAUAUAAUGAUGCUUUUCAUAUUUCCGAGCUAAACCGGGCUAAACCGGGUGACCCAUUAACCCUUGACCCACUAGCUCAACCGGGUCAGGGUCAACCCACAGAUUAACAACCUUGGAGAGGUGGUAACUAAUUACUCACUUCUUUCUCCAUCUUUCUACUGUUUUAUUUUUGCUUUCCUUUCACCUGGUUUGUUUUUUUUAUUUACUUUCACCUGGUUUGUUGUUAAGUAAGUCGAUAGUUAAUGAACUUAAAAGAUGCAAGCUAAGUUUAAUGUUACAUUGUAUCUUAUGGGUUCAUAGUAUAUAGUUAAAGCAUAUACAUAUCGUCGGACAAGUUGGUGUGAUUUCAUUCGAAAUUGUAUAUGAUUGAUGUGUUUCGAAAUGAUAUUUUAAUGUAUUUGAAAAGUUUAAAAAAAUGCCUUUGAUUGCUUGCGAAUGUGAAAUACACCUUGUGCACAAAAAUUGUCAUACAUGCGGGCAAUUGCAUGUUAUUACAAAUAUCACUCUCCCAAAUCAUGGGCAAAACCAGGAUUCUUAUGUCGUCGGGGAGGGGGCAAAAAGGAAAAUUACACAUAUUAUCAUGCUUCAAUGGGUAGAUCAGUAAAAUCACAUUUAAUGUAAAUGUUCAAAUAUUUCGGUUUACUGAACCAAGAAUUUACAACACAAUUUAUAGCUAAUUUUUAUUAUUUUCAUAACGUAAGAUGCACAUUUAAAAAUAAACUUAAAACAUUCAGAGAAUCUAAACAAAAUAGUAUCCAAUGACACAAUUAAAGUUCAUAAAGACUGAAGGAAGUAAAUUAAGCUGGCAAAAAUAUAUCCCGAAUGGAAAAACAGGAAAAUCAACUAAAAAUGAUGGUGAAAAUGAUAAAACCAUGUACUACUAAUUCCUGAAUUUAUAAAUUUGAAAAAAAAUUCCUACAUACACAAAUUUAUAAAUUCAGGGAAGGGAAGGGGGGAGAUGAUGCACAUUUUUUUUUGUCAAUAGCUCACUUAUAUUAUCGAGAAAACAAACAUAAAAAAUCUACAUUACUUGUUAAAAAAAAUUAACUUAUAGAUCUUUCACAUACAAGAUUUAUACCACCCUUUAAAAAAAAUAAUAUUUAUACCACGUUUAGGAUUAUAUUUCUACAAUUAAACUGAGUGGUAAUAACGGUUCAAACUAUAAUAGUUAAUCAGUGAAUUAAUCGGUCCAACCUUGAUACAACCCUUCGAUUUGGUCAUUAAUCAGUGAAUUAAUCGGUCCAACCGACUGACAUGAUUCAUUAACUUCUUUUAACUAUUUAGUUAUGAAAAAGGCUAAAAUCAAGGGAGAAAAUAGAAAAACAAAGAAGAAAGACGAGAAAAGAAAAGGAGAGAGAGAGAGAUGGGGUCAGGGUCGGUCGGGGAUGGAGGGUCGCUUUACUAAUUCCCUCGCCAUCCCAAACGGUCGUCGUCCGUCGUUCUUCUUCAUCAUUCUCCCCCACCGAAACAAAAUUUAGUGUAAAACCUUCUCUCAACUCAACCUCACAUCUCUAUUCUUCCCAUUGCUUCGCUUCCCAGCUAAUUCCUCUCAACUUCCAAAAUCCCUUUUCACCUACUCGUCUUCUUCUUCUUCAUUUCCCACUUAGAUUCGCUUUGUUAGCUCUGGAAACCAGAUCUCUCUCCUCCCCUCUAAUGUAAGUGGGAGAAAAACCGAAACCCAGUAUCCCGUUUACUUGAUUGUCUCCUGGGUUCGUCUCAUUGAUUCUUCUUUCCGAGCUCUGCUUUCGAUCCAUGACUUAGCUGCGGGCGGGAAAUGUUAUCCGACGGGGACGCCUCGCUCCGCCGCGAUUUCGAGGCGUUGACAGUCUCCCGCCGCCUGGUGAGGACCGUUAGCCAGAAGCUGAGGAAGAAGGCGACCCCCGAUCACGAUUCUCCCGCCAGUGAUGGAUUCUCGUUGAAAUGUCUUACCUUGAUGGGACGAGGAGGCGGCUGCAAGGUCGGAGCCGAUACCGGAGAUGAUUUCGUUGGAGAUUCCGGAGGCCGGAGGAGGUCCUCUACUUCCAGCGAUGAAGCCAGCAGGACGCCUUACAAGCCCAUCUGCGGCGGGGAAGAAACGGGAGUCGAUUGCUUCUUUAGAGAAAUGUUUUGGAAGAAGCACAGCAGGAGGGGCUUGCAGAUUGAAGCCCCUCCGAUUGCGAAUCCAAUGGACACCAGCAAGCUGCACAUCUUUCUUCCAGACGACAUUCUAGAGCUUUGCCUGGUAAGGCUUCCUCUAACCAGUCUCAUGAAUGCUCGCCUUGUCUGCAAGAAAUGGAACAACUUGACUACUAGCCCUAGGUUCUUGACCAUGAGAUGGGAAGGCUUGUAUAGGACACCAUGGCUGUUUCUGUUUGGAACUGUCAGGGAUGGAUGUUGCUCCGGUGAGAUUCAUGCUUUCGACACUUGCCAAGACAAAUGGCACAAAAUUGAUGCUGAAAUUCUUAAAGGGAGGUUCAUGUUCUCUGUUCAAAGCGUUCAUGACGACGAUAUCUAUGUGGUGGGCGGCCGUUCUAGCCUCGGCCAACCAGGGAGACUAGAUUGGAGCUCCUUCAAGACUCACAAAGGGGUGAUGGUGUUUAAGCCCGUGACCAAAUCAUGGCGGAAAGUGGCCGCCAUGAGGUAUGCAAGAUCAAUGCCGGUACUUGGAGCAUCCGAGGUUGGUCCGGAUUUCUAUUCUGGUCAUCAAUAUCAUCAUCAGGAGAGGCGUUUUCCUAGGUCGAAGAUUGGUGGGGUGUCCGAUGUGUAUGAGGAUCCUCACAGGCUAUCACUCAGGCGGCAGUAUAAUGAAGUGCCGUUCAUGGCAAACAGAAAGUCUCACUCGCACUCUCACUCUCACAAGUUCAUGAGGCAGAGAAGCAGCAAUCGGUUGAAUCCCAAAUGUAGCAAGAGGUUCGUGCUGAUUGCAGUGGGAGGACUCGGGCCAUGGGAUGAGCCUUUGGACUCUGGAGAAAUCUAUGAUCCUUUGACCAACAAAUGGUCAGAGAUUCAAAGGCUGCCUGUGGAUUUCGGAGCAGUUAGUUCCGGAGUUGUCUGCAAUGGGAUCUUCUACGUGUACUCGGAGAUUGACAAGCUGAUGGGGUAUGACAUAGAGAAGGGGUUCUGGAUUGGAAUCCAAACUUCCCCCUUCCCUCCUCGAGUUCAUGAGUACUGCCCUAAGCUCGUGGCUACCAAUGGCCGACUAUUCAUGCUCUCGGUCUCAUGGUGCGAAGGGGAUGGCCGAAUUGGGCAGAGGAACAAGGCUGUAAGAAAAAUGUGGGAGCUUGAUCUCGUUUGCCUGAAUUGGAGUGAAGUGUCGGUCCAUCCUGAUGCUCCUAUGGAUUGGAAUGCCGUGUUUGUAGCCGACAGAGGGCAGAUAUAUGGGAUAGAGAUGUUCAAGAUAUUCGGUCAGUUGCUGGAUUUCUCCACUGUGUGUGAUGUCUCUGAUUCAGGGGCGACCAGCUGGAGGCAUGUCUCUAGGAGUCAUGUGGGUCAUGAGCUUGAUUCUUCUUCUUGCGUGACGAAAUCCUUGUCUGUGCUGCAUCUGUGAAAGGCCAUGGCAGGAUUGACUGGCUCUCUCGAUGGAAUUGAUGCCUGUUGUUCUUGCAAUUGUUUUAAAUCCUCUGUGACAAUGCUGAAUCUGUGAAGUUUCCAUGAAGUUUCUUAGUUGCAGGAGAAGAAAUAGUAUGAGUUGCGAAUUCCAUUUUGUCGAUUCUUUGGAUAUAUGAUGAUUUGCUUGCUGGCUUCAUUUCCCUCCCCCCUGCCUUUGUUCAUACAAAGAUUUGUAUUCUUCAUCUUUGGUCAUGGUUUUUUUAAUAACAAACUUUAUCCCAUUAC